AUGUUUAUCGAUGAAAUACUUAACGAUCAUGAGAGCCGAUGUUAUGAACUUUUCAGAUUAGAAGUCCCGAUUUUCAACAUGUUAUGUAGGGAUCUUGUUGCACAUUAUGGGUUAAAGAAAUCACGUCGUGUAUCUAUUCAAGAGUCCCUUGGUAUUUUCUUGUUGUACUUAGCGCAUGGAUGUGGAAAUCGGUUAAUUCAAGAGUUCUUUAAUCAUUCUGGGGAAACAAUCCAUAGGCAUUUUCAUAAAGUCUUGGAUGUUGUGGUUAACCUAAGUAAGGACAUCAUCAAACCAAAUGCUAACUAUAAUGAAACUAUACCAGAACAUAUUUUAAAUAACCUUCGGUAUUAUCCAUACUUCAAGGAUUGUAUUGGUGCCAUCGAUGGAACACACGUGAAGGCCUCUGUUCCGUAA